GAUCGGUGGAGGUAUUUUGUAUGUGGCGGCCACUUAUGUCACGAUGGUCGUUUUCCGAAGUCGAGAAGCCGUCAAACACGAUCACGAUGAUCAACCUAUUACGCCGAGUUCAUUUGACACGAGCGAAGUAUGGGAGAGAAAUGCGAAAGGCUACGACAAGGAAGUGGGCUGGGAUGAAGUCAUUAUGGGUAUCGGACUCAUGAGACGAUGGCUCGUUGGUCAUGCCAAGGGUGAUGUGUUGGAGGUAUCUGUGGGUACAGGUCGUAACUUUGAUUACUAUAAAGCCGAUCAGAUCGAUACAGCGACUUUUACAGAUCGUCAUGAACCCAUGUUGAAUGAAGCCCGGAGCAAGUUUGAACAAUACAAGGAAAAAUUCCACAAGACGUUUGUACAGUUCAAGACAGCCAAUGUGGAUCAGCCGCAAACGAUGGACAAAGGCAAAUACGAUACCGUGAUCGAUACGUUUGGGUUAUGCAGUUGCGCCAACCCUGCCGAGGCACUGGUAUCCCUGGCGGAUGCUUGUAAAUCAGAGGAUUCCCGUAUCCUUUUGCUGGAGCACGGACGUUCUCACUAUGGUUGGCUUAACCGACUGCUGGAUACAAACCUGGACAACCAUGUGAAACGGUACGGUUGUUGGUGGAAUCGCGAUGUGAUGGGUCUAUUUGAAGAAGAGAAAGUCAAAGAAAAACUAGAAAUUGAGACGGUUUCUAGAUGGCAUUUUGGUACCACAUGUUAUAUUGUGGCCAAGCCAAAAAAGAAUGCUCAUUAA